AUGGAGGCAGGAGAUAUAUCACAAAAGAGGCUUCCUCCUUCUUCUGAGGGUUUAUUAGAGAAGCAGCAAGAAGAAGACACAAUUAGCUGCUCAACUGCUGCUGCCAGUACACCCAGCAGCAGCAGCAGCAGCAACAGCAGCAGCAGCAGCAGCAGCAGUUGCAGCAGGAGCAGCAGCAACAGCACGAUUGCUGGUACCGAUAGGACAGGCCGCAGCAGCAGCAGCACAAUAGGUAGUUACUCGUUAACAGCAAACAGCAGCAGCACCAGCAGUAUUGGCACCCUAACCAUCAGCAGCAACAGCAACAGCAGCAGCAGCAGCAGCAGCAAUAUAUUUGAAUCUUUUGCUUCCUCUAUUAUAGAAGACACGCCUGUAGAUAUUCCUCGGGUGUCUGCAGCACAACUGCAGCGGGAAGAAGAGGAGUGCGAGGCAUAUAAGAACAGCAGCAGACAUAAACUGCAGCAGCAGCAGCAGCAGCAGCAGCCGCAACAGCAGCAGCAGCAACUGAGCCAGCAGCAGCAGCAGCAGCAAAGACUAAAGGAGCUUAUUAAUGCAAACACUCUUAAGCCGCACACGGAGGUCCUUGAUACUUUCGAUAGUACGUACUGCAGCAGCAGCAGCAGCAGCAGCAGCAGCACCAGCACCAGCAGCAGCAGCAACAACAGCAGCAACAGCAGCAAGAGCAGCUGCAACAAGAAGAACACUACUUCUAACACAACAAUUUUUUACAAUGUAGAUGUUUAG